UGGGUUCUCUGUUGCCUCCCUGCCUUUUCGGAGGACUUUUAUUUAAAUUAGGUCAGGGGUUAGGAUAGGCCUUCCAGCGUAUCAAGCCCCUGCAUCUGCAUUCUGCAAGAUGGCGUGCGAAGGGGUAUGAGGGGCGAUGAGGUGGAAAGACUGGAUGGUAACCUAUAUAAUAACGCCUUCAUUGAUGAAUCAAGGUGUUUAAACCAAAGUGUGUGUGAUGGAACAUCCAAAUUAUGCCAAGCAGCUGUUGCUGCAAAUGAACCAGCAGCGAUCCAAAGGUUACCUAUGUGAUGUCAUCAUUGUGGUGGAGAAUGCUCUGUUCCGCGCCCACAAGAACGUCCUGGCGGCCAGCAGCAGCUACUUCAAGUCCCUGGUUCUCCACGACAACCUCAUCAAUCUCGACACAGAGAUGGUCAACCCCGCUGUGUUCCGACAGGUGUUGGACUUUAUCUACACAGGGAAUUUGGCAAACUCUGACCCCGUCAGUGACCAUAGUAUGUCCGCCCUCCUAACAGCGGCAUCAUAUCUCCAGCUGACGGACCUGGCAGCUAUGUGUCGCAGAAGACUGAAACGUAACGGCAGGACAAGCUCCAGCAAGAUUCCCACUUCCCCAAUCUCCAACGGACGUUUCUCUCACCCGCAGCGUCUGUCCUCCACCCCCCUCAGGGUCACCCACAACAACCACUACCAACGUUCAGGUUCCAGGGAAGUCGAAAAGAGCCACAACCAGAAACAGGAUGGGCGUUUAAAGGAGGAUCUGUCAGAGGAGGAGGUGUUUAUCUCAGGCUCGCGUUGCAUGUCUCUCAGCCCUUCUGCUGGUGAUGGGGUCAACAAUGGUGUAGACAUGGGGCUUGGUCUGGGCCUGGACCUAUCCAAAAAGAGUCCUUCAGGGAGUACAGCAACAGAGGAGGUGAGCCCUAGUAGCCUCCCCCAAGGCUCGCCGCCGUCUGGCUCCCCUUCUACAACCAACAGUGCCUCCUUCGAGUAUACACCCACAAACCCCAUAACCACUAGCAUCAAACCAGGUCAAGAAGCAGGAGAGGAUAAAAGGCUCCCUCAAAAGACCACCACAGACCUCCUGCAAAGGGCUGCUCACAAAAGACCCAGGCCCAGGAGCGUGGGCUCGAUGGUAGGGGAACCUAAGACACCAUUGCCAAAUGGUCUGGAAAAGAGCCGAGGCAUAGAUGGAGCAGAGCUGAGCCACAGGGGCGACAGUGUGUCACCAGAGCUGGGGGAGGGAGAUGGCGAGGAGAAUGGUCUGGAACAGAGUGAGGAGAGUGGCCUGAGCGAGAGUGAGGGGGGAAGACGAAACCAAAAAAGAAACGCCAAUUACAUAUACCGACAGCCCCAGCAGGGCUUUGAGCCCCCCUUGGGGGACAACCUGUACGUAUGUAUCCCUUGUGGCAAGGGCUUCCCCAGCUCCGAGCAGCUUAAUGCCCAUGUGGACACGCAUACAGAGGACGAGCUGUAUAUCAAAAAAGAGGAGGACGAGGAGGAAGAUGAAGGUGUGUCACCAAAGGAAGAGGACCAAGACGACCCUGAAGAUCUGAGGUCUCAAAUAAUGGAGACAGAACCAGACAUGGAUGGAUCACCACCUUGUUACAACUGUACCAUCUGCAGCAAAAGCUACAAGGACCCAGCAUCGCUACGCCAACACGAGAAGAGCCAUUGGCUGAGCCGGCCCUUCCCAUGUAACAUCUGUGGCAAGCUGUUCACCCAGCGGGGCACUAUGACGCGGCACAUGCGCAGUCACCUGGGCCUUAAGCCCUUUGCCUGCGAGGAGUGUGGCAUGCGCUUCACUCGCCAGUACCGUCUGACGGAGCACAUGCGUGUCCACUCGGGAGAGAAGCCCUAUGAAUGUAAGCUGUGCGGUGGGAAGUUCACCCAGCAACGCAACCUUCUCAGCCACCUGAAGAUGCACUCCUCACCCAGUUAGAGACCAUGCUGGGCCAUUAGCAACCGAUUACCUCAUUGUUCGAAACCUCACUAAGAAUGUACCCAUCUUUCUAAAUCCCGUCUGGCCACACGUGGGCCUACAUGACCUAGUGUUUCGCCAUGACCUCACUUUUUCAGAAGCCCACCUCAAUGCAUGCAGAACAACCUCAUAUCAACCUCUCACACAGGCAAACUGUUUAUGCGUAUUUUCUAUACUUGACCAGGGCAGUAUACCACCACUGCCAAACCAACCUCACAAUCGACCUCUGCAUAUAUACCUCAUCUACAUGUUAAGCCAAACAGUACAUUACUGCUCGAUGUGACUCACCCUGGCUGGACAACACUCCUCAGGUAAAACCAAAGACUCCUCCCAUCUGAAGAUUUUCUCCUUGGGAUAGAAUUUUAUUUAUUUCACAUUUACUGCUUUUUUAAAUGAAGCAAAAGAUAAACCGGACCUUUUUAAAUGAUCAUAGCUUUGUGAAUCCAACCAAACCUCCCCCAGGGUCUGACACCAUGGUGUAUUUAUGGCUGUGGUUAGGCAACAGGGUAUUUACCUUUUGGGGCAUAUUUGACCUCAUACCUCAGACGUAGGUUGGAUAUGAGACAAGCUUGUCAUUUGGACAAUAUAAGUAGUGCCACUCUACAGCUGGAUGAGAUGACCUACAUUUAGAUGCAGACAUAAGACACUGGAUGCAUGGCAUCAUCAUUAUCAGGGAUGUUUGUAAUGCAAGUCUUUUCCUCUCAAUGUUUUUAGUCUAUCCUCAAGUCUUAUCUAAAAGCCAAAUUUUGGGUUCUGGGGUUGAAGAUGAUAUUUUGUAAUGUGAAAUGGGAUCAUUUGACCUAAAUGAGAUUGUUAGGGGAUUCUUUAGUUUGUGGUUUUUGUGGUAUUAAUGUGUGUUUAAGUUCUCAUAUGUUGGUCUGUGAUACUCUCCGUGUUUUCUUUACAAUUACUAUUUUUAAUGCGCAGUAAGAAAGUACAUACACAUGCACAGUUACCUUAUAAAUUACUCUUUCAGUUGAGUCCUGAAAUAUCAUGUUCAUAAUAUUUGCAUGUAAUUCCUUUGGAAAUCUUGAUGAUACAACAGCUUAUUAUUAAGAACUGAAAGCUUUCUGCUUAAGUAUUAUAGUGCUACAGAGAAUUGUAGUAACUGGUGAAAGUUAAAUCCAAAGAGAGAAAUGACAACAAGAUUACAACUUAAUUAACCCCCAGAUAAUAACCAAAGUUUUUUUCAUUAGGAGUUACCUAAUUUGCUGGAAUACUUCUUCCACUUCAAACUUUUUGAACAAUUUAGUAGUGUGGUGUUAAUCAUGGUCCCUCCAUAGUCUUGUACUGUACUUACUCCAAUUCAUUUAUAUAUAAUUGUCUGACCAAAACAAAGGCUAAAUAUACACCAAGUUCAGCUUGUCAAUCAUUCUUUAUGGCAAAUCUGACUAGUUUUAAUCUAGUGUUUUACAGUUUGAGCAUUUUGUGGUUGUUUUGUCUUUUGAGCUUGUAAAUAUCGAGUACAGGCAAUUUAACCACGAAAUCCUUUGCUCAUUAGACUUUUGUUUUUUUCAAGUCCAUUGUUUUACCUUAAACUCUGUCACAUGAGUUCCUGUACUACUUUAUGAGUGUCAGGGGCCACAUGUGGUUGAGUUGGGGAGGAGGCUAAUCAAAAACAUUCCAGCUAGCACUCUGCAGUACUUGCAUCACAGAACAACGAUGGCAUAGGUCUAACCAGGAUUGAGGUAAAGUGGAAUAAGAAAUGUGAUCAGCAAUUACCCUCAGACUAGUGAUCACCUGCUGUAAAUCUUUGUUCCAAAUCCAAAUGUGUAGACCCCCUCUCAAUUCAGGAACAUUUUCAUCAAGAGGGAUUCCAAUGUUAAAGUGGCAGUCAUAUUGCAUACUUGCAUUUCAGGAGAAGCUACUUCUCAGUUUGAUUUCAGAGCUGACUCUUUAUUUAUUUUUUCAUCUUUCAACUGUGACAGUAAUUCAUCCACCAUAAAACUUCAGGGAUAGUUUAUAACCUGUUGGUACUAUUGUGGAUUUCUCUAUGCUAAAUGCAAAACACUAGUUUCCUACCCAAGAUUUUUGUAGUGGUGAAAGGGGGGAAAUCCAGUUUCAGAUACUUCUUGUUUAAAGGUAGAGGUGUUUUAAUGUUAAUGAUUUUAAAGAUUAACUUUUUGAAUAUGUAUGAGAAACCGCAUGUUUAGUAUGAAAGUUAAAAGCUUGUUCCAAAUUUCCAGUUUAGUUUCUAAACCAAAGCACAUAUUGAAUGAUGAAUAGAUGUGAUGAUAAAACAAAUAGUGUAUAUGAAAUGUUUGUUUCCAUUGUUUACAUAAACUCUUAUGUCAUACCUCAGGCAAGGAGAGGUCAGUUGAAGCGGGUACUUAAUUUGUAGAAUCCAUUUUUAGUGUAUUGUUAGACCUAUAACAAUGAAAGUAACUGCAUGUUUUUCUAUGGCAUUUUCUGCUGCUGUGUUUAGAAAAAUUAUUUUAAUAAUCAUUAUUUGAUUGUGACCAACCAAAUGUUUUACAGAGAAAGGACAAUGAAGAUUUGAUGUGUAGAAGAAUACUAGAAAAUAAACAGGCCCUACAGAUAAAAGAUCAAUUUGUUCAAAUGAAAAGUCAGGGAUUUUGCUACUAUUCUGUCUUAUUGUCCUCUAAUUUAUAUAUUUUUGUCUGGGUUUUUAGAACAAGCUUAGACUGACCUCUCCUUAAACACAGUUUUACAAAUAUUGGCAGUGGUCACUUUGAUAUCUGUCUUUUGAAGAAUGUAUUUAUUCGUUUCUCUCAGUUUUUACCUCUUGAUGAGAACCAUAUAAGGUCAAUAUCAGGAUAGGGUGUAACUACUUGUUCAUCUUACAGAAAUAUGACACAAAGCAUUAAAGGCGUAGUACACUUCAAAAUCAAAGGUGGUCUGAAAAUGUAUUUCUAUGCGCCAAAGAUGUUUGGAUUUUGCCAUAUUCUGUUUUUUUUAUUCCCUUACUAUCCAACACAUUAAUAAACUAGAUCAUAUCAGCAGCCCUCAAGUCUAAUUAUGUUGAAAAGUUAAUUAAUAGAUGGCUGCUCUUGCCAGUGGCAGCUAAUAUGAACAUUUUACAGAAUAGAUAGGGACUAACUUAAGAAUUUUGGCGUGUACUAUCCUUUUAAAAACGUAGCCAUAAUCCAGGUCACAGUGACGUCUUUUUCUAUGAAGAAUAACUUAGCCCAAAGCAUGAGGAAAACAAAUAUGAUGAAAAAAGUUGAUUUGUUUUGUGGUUCUUGUAUGUCUUGUUUCUGAGUAAACCUGUGCUCGUUGUCACAUGUCCAUAUCCACUAUGCAGAACCACUGAAGAAUAUUGUGUUUCAUCCACUGAAUGAGGUGGUGUUGCCAAAGCAACCUGGUUCAAGCAUGUCAUUUUAAAAGGAAAAAAUUUAAAGCUGUUCCGUCUAGUAAUGCCAUUUAGGAAGAUGUCGCAUUGUAUAGGCCUACAUCUGGGGAAAAAACAUUACCAUUCUCAGUUAAUCUUUCAGAACAGCAUUUGUGAUGCCAUCAGUUCAUUUUGUGCAAUAUUUCAUUGUUGAUUGUUUUAGAGAAGGUGACCAUUUCCAGACAAGGAGGUCGGUACAAUUUAUGAAGGAAGACUUUUCAUGAUUGGCAAUCCUCUUUCUGUCACCUAAACUUAAGUUUUCCGAUAUAAAAGCCACUAAACUCAAGCCAAAUGCUUUUUAGGGUUUCUGACCUCAUUUUGAUAGUAGACUACAUAUACUCUGUAGUAUGAUUGUAUUAUUCUCAAGGCCACAUGUACUUGUUCCAUUGAAGUCUUGUCUUCUUGCCGAUAAUAUUUUUUUCCCCCUGAUAACCUUGGAACAAUGCUUUCUCACAACUCCAUGGGUUAGAAGGUCUGUCCAGCAUUGAUAAACACAAGGCUUGCCUGUGACUUGUGCCAUGUGAUUUCAUCUAUAGACACUGUCUUAAUGUACAAAAAUAGCAGAAAACUUGUUUGUCCUCUUUUCAUUAAAAAUCUCGGAAAUAUGAUUUAA